GACUUGUCUCAUGAAAUAAUUGUUUGCUGCUAUUACUGUUUUUUUACCUUUAAAUGUUGGUGUUCUGUGCAAAGCAGUGCCAUGUGAACAUAGCAUGAGCCAUCUAGCUUUGUUGUUUACAUCUUGAGUUUCACGGCAAUCCCCAGGGACCGGGUUAACAAGGCUAACCAUUUACAUAUAUUACAUUUAAUUGCUUUCUGCUACACACAUAGGGUUAUUAGCACUUUAGGUACUUUGUGGAAAUUAAGGAGAUGUUAUUGAGUGAGCUGAGACUGUCUGGUAAUUGUCUCGCUGCCAUUUGGCCACUUGAGUUAAUUUAGAGACUAGGACAUGGUGGGUUCAUGCUCUUUGUAAUCAAAGCAUUUCAAUUAUGAAGUCAGUGAUGGAGAGUUGUGAGACAAAUUGAGAGCAGGACUUUAAUUUGGAAAGGUGUACUGCAACGGAGCAUGCUGAUCGUCAUCUAGAUAAGAUGUGGACUCACUACCUGGGUUAAUGCAUUUCUUCAAGAUCCUUCGUCUCCGGAUGAGAGAAAAACAAGAGCUUCUUUUCUUCUCCAGACGUGCUGUUAUCCAGGGAAUAUAAAGAAUCAAGGGACCAGGCUUACAGUCCGACGACGGAGGACAUCCUCUCUGCUCUCUCUCUCUCUCUUGCUGGAGGAUCAGCAGCAAAGAUAAGAGAUGUCUUCGCAGAAGGAAAACGUCCCCAUUCCUUGUGGAGUUGAACUGUCCAUCGGGGACAUCGAGAAAUCUGGUUAUCUGCGGAAGCUUAAGACGAUGCGGAAGAAGUUCUUUGUGUUGCGUUCCGAAAGCAACACGGGCCCAUCACGACUUGAGUACUACGACAAUGAAAAGAAGUUUAGACUAGGCGGAGAACCCAAGCGGACAGUGCCUCUCUCUGCUUGCUUCAACAUCAACAAAAAAUCAGACGCUAAACACAAGCAUGCCAUUGCCCUGUACACAAGAGAUGACUGUUUUUCGUUGGUUGCUGAUGAUGAGGAAUCGCAACAGGAGUGGUUGAGGGCGCUGCUGGAGCAGCAGAGGGCUGGAGGAGAUGGCAAACUCAUUCCUGCAUUCGAGCAUGUCUGGCAGGUCACGGUGAAGCCGAAAGGGCUGGGAUCCAGUCGACAGCUCAGUGGCAUCUACCGACUCUGUCUCACAACGUCGACUAUCAGCCUCGUCAAGAUGAACUCGGAGAAUCAAGGAUUGGAGUUUUCAUUGUCAGCUAUACGUCGCUGCGGUCACUCUGAUUGUUUCUUCUUCAUGGAGGUUGGCCGGCAGUCUGUGACUGGUCCUGGAGAACUCUGGAUGCAGGUUGAGGAUACAGUGAUAGCUCAGAGCAUUCAUGAGGCAUCCUUGGAAGCCAUGCGUUCAGUUCGACAGCAGGAAGAAAUGCGUCCUCGUAGCCACAGUAGCACCAUGAGCUCCGGCAAUCCUGGCUCUGAGACCAAGUCCCACUCGGCCUCGACGAGCAGACGACAGUCCAACACCCUCGGACCGUCUUGGAGGACCAGAUGCGACAGCAUGCCUGUGCCAAACCGUGCGAUGCCCGGGUCCAGGUCUGGCUCCAGGUCCCGAGGGAAUAGCGAAGGGGAGGAUGGGCAGCCGAAGGAAGAGCAGCAUGCCAUAGCAAGCAGCAGCAGCCCAGUGAGCUCGCUUGUGACUCAUUUGAAAUGGUGUAGUAACUAUAUCGGGACAUAUUUUGGUAACCUAACUAACUCGAUGCGACCACGGACGUGCAGCGAAGGUGGGGGUGGACACUCGACCGUGCCUCGUGGACGAUCAAGCCUCCUCAAAUUUGGUAAUAAGCUCCGCCCACGGACAUCAAGCGAAGGGGAAAAGGGCAUGAAAGCGCCUGAUAGUCCAACAAAGACAAGGGGGCGGUUCUCCAUUCCUUCAUUGACAUCUAGGAGUAGUCUUAGCAGUGGUCCCAUCAGACCCCUUAGCGUACAUCGGAUGGUAGCCCAGCCUAUGUCGAACUCACCACCAAUACCCAAUAGUCCUCUUAGUGAAAGUCCACAGAGUUACCUUGAUGAACGAUACCAGUGCGACUCCCAUAGUUCAGAUGAUCACUAUUUUACCAGGUUUGGAAGCAGCGGGGGAAGAAGUCGCACCCCGGAUUCCCCAUCUCAUGUAUCAAUCAGAGAAGAAGCACUGGAGGCUAACGAUGAGUAUAUGAGUAUGUCGCCCUCUGCGUCCUCUAAAGCAUUACCCGUACCCAGAACAUUUGCUUACAGUCCACACCUCCACCAUCGUCGAUUGUCCCCUUCCCUGGCCCAUAGGAGGUCGUCCUCCCCGGCCCUUACCUCCCCCACCUCCAGUCCCUCCCUAGUUGCCCCGGGAACAGGUGGACAGCACCUCCAGGUACCGCAUCAUUACCACUACCACCAGCAGCAUCACAUCUACCAGAAUCACCUAUUCUUGCAUGUUGCCUCGUCCACCUCAUGUGCCUCCAGCGCCGAGAGCUCGCCCCGUAGUCUCUCCCCUCUCGUCGUCGAUGAACCGGAUUCCUACAUGGCGAUGACCCCUAGCAACCGCUCAAGACCAAGCUCUGUCACCCUGGCAACAGGCUCCUCCCCUGCUACUCAGUUGACGCCAUCACCCAGCCAGAGAUUGGCCCCUUCCAGCAGCGGGUUGAAGGCGCCAUCCAAUGAGGACGAGGGUUAUAUGAUGAUGGGGCCCAGUCCAGGUUCCAAGAGAGCAACACCUAUAACCAUAACCCCACACGCCGGUAGCUCGAGUGCAGAACCUUCCACCUACAUGUUGAUGAACCCAUCGGCCAAUCGUCCUUCGCCGUCCAACAGCCCCAGCUUAGCCUGGGCUCCUGCACCCAUGUCCAUCUCACCCAUUGGAGGUGGAGGUGCCUUCACCACUACAAACUCCUUGGGAAAGAAGUCCCCUGACAAAAAGCACAGGAACUCUGCAGGACCGCAGGACGACGACCUGCUCAAGAUCACUUCAUCCGCUCAUCAGAGGUCGCACAGUGAACCGGUGGUCGAUACCUAUUGCAAUAUGGAGUUUGAAGCAAAGCGUGGCCAAGUCUCGCAUAGAGCAUGCGAGAACAACAACAUUGAUAAGAAGGAUGCCACCCAGAGGCAUAGCAUGCCAGCGAAGGAACCAAGGUAUAUCAAUGUGAAUUAUGAGGAGAAGAAUGAACAUCUGGAUAGCAGCGUACAAGUAACGGUAGAUGCCCCAGACUGUAUAGAAGGAAAUGCCAUGGUUAGGAACAUUGUUGAUGAAGGCCUUGAUGUUGUCAAGAAUGGAUCGACGGACAGCGGCCUAAAUGGGGAGUACAUGAACAUGAGUUUUGGGAAGGGUAGGAAUGGUCCUAAAGCUGUGACUGAUCUGAGCAAGAGGCAGGUUCCCCCCUUGCUCAUAGAUCCGACUACUCACUCUAACCCGGACAGUCAUGAUUACAUCAAUGUCCAAACAGACACUCGGGAGACUGGUAUGAAGUCGAGUCCCCGUCACUCCCCCGUCAGCCCACCGUCCCCUUCGUGGUUGCGAAGACCGGUUGCUGAGCAACUCUUGAGGAAGUCGCUGGAAGACUUAUCCUUCUCGCAGCUCAGCAGCAUCCCAUCCAGAGGUAGUGCCAACUCUCUCACAGGGGUCGGAAAUAACAAUCGAAACAGUGAUACCAUUAGCCCCGGUGCGCUGUCCUCGCAUCACUCGUCACGGCGUUCCAGCCAGUCAUCGCUGAGCGGUGAAAAGGAAUUGAACUAUAUCGACGUUGACAUUGGACAACCUGCUCCUGAUAAAUCUGGUAGUUCCACACCGGCUUUGCGGGAAAAACGAUCGAGAUCCCCCUUCAGACGUAUCGCGAAUGAGGAUAAGAAUUGCGAUCAAGUCAAUUAUUCCACUAUCGAUUUCACAAAAUCCGAAGGAUUGAGAAAUGUAACGAGCAACCUACGAGAUGCUCGCUACUAAUAAUCACAUCGCCAUUGCUCAUGACUUUUCAUGACUCUGUUGAAAUGUCAUGGAUAUUGAAAUGCGAAACACUUUACAGAGCUUUCGUACUCUAUUUCUCUUAGAGUUGAAAGAAAUAAAAAUGAAAUGAAAAAAGAUUUAUAUGCUGUUUCAAUUAUUUGUCUGUCUGCCUACUCAUCAAUCUUUUAUCAGCCACUUCAGAUGAGAAAUAAAAAGCGAGGAAAGAGGAAUUGUUUCUGAUUUACUGUGAAUUUAGUGAUCGUACAGGGAAUUGAACAUGGAAUGUUUCCCUGUUUUUAUUAAACCUUCAAAAUAAACUUUGUCAUUAGGUGUUUAGCUCAUGAACCACCCAGAAUGUAUUCAAGCUGCUCGUCAUAACACCAUUUUUUUAUACUAUGGUGUGACCCGUACAUUUGUGUGAAAGGUAAUAUGUUGUGAAUAUGAUAGCGAUUGGAUACUCUAUCGGCUUGUGUUGUGAAAAGAUUAUCUUUCUCUCUAUGUAUAGAUAUAUAUGAAGUUUGUUCAUUCAUAGAUGCCUUUAUGAAAACAAGAAAUGUUGCUAUUGUGUUUACCAGAUAUGGCUA